UCCUGCAGACGACGGCGUCGUGGGCGGUCACUGUUUUCCCUUAGGUCUGGAGAGGGGACAUCCGAGCGAGGGCCACUUGCGGCCUGGCCUGAGCUCGUCCCGCUCCGGGUGACCACAGAGUGCCGCGGGCGGGCAGAGGGGCCGGAAACCCCGGCCGCUCAGUCCCUGUUUCCGGCAGCGCCGCGCUGCUCCGGGAGCCGCUGUGGCAGCGUACGCAGUUUCCACGGGGACUGAAGAUGGCGCCGCGAGGUAAACGGUUGUCCUCCACCCCGCUGGAAAUCCUGUUCUUUCUGAACGCGUGGUAUAAUGCUACCUAUUUCUUGCUGGAACUUUUCAUAUUUCUGUAUAAAGGUGUUCUGCUACCAUAUCCAACAGCUAACCUAGUACUGGAUGUGGUGAUGCUCCUCCUUUAUCUUGGAAUUGAAGUAAUUCGCCUGUUUUUUGGUACAAAGGGAAACCUUUGCCAACGAAAGAUGCCACUCAGUAUUAGCGUGGCCUUGACCUUCCCAUCUGCCAUGAUGGCCUCCUAUUACCUGCUGCUGCAGACCUAUGUACUCCGCCUGGAAGCCAUCAUGAACGGCAUCUUGCUCUUCUUCUGUGGCUCAGAGCUUUUACUUGAGGUGCUCACCUUGGCUGCUUUCUCCAGGUACUGCUUCGCUGAGGGACCAUUUCUCAUCACCAGAGGGUUGGGUUCCCAUCCCAGGGAGGGAUUCAGUAUUCUUCUGAAGCCUAAGGGAUCUAGAAGACUUUAGUGGGGGAAAGGGGUGGCUGGUGGAUUGCCUUUCCUGUUUAGGGUAGGUAGAUCGAUUCCCACUCAGGGAGGAUACUCUCCCUAUUCUUUGGGGCCAGGAGACUUGGAAUAUAGAACAGUUGAGGCCAGCUACUCUCAUUCACUGGUCUUUUAACAUUUUCUUUCUUUCUGCCAUCAGUAUGGACAGAAUUUGAAGUACAGAAUUUCAGCCAGCAGCUCAUCAGGCUGACACCACACAUAUUGCUUCUGGUACUUUAGCCACACCAGUGAGAAUUGGUGGGGCAAGUUAUCCUGAGAAAGGCUGUGUGGCUUUUCUUCAGCACAUACGUUUGGGCAAGCAACUCAGCAUAAGGCCAGUGGGUGCCAUCUUCUAAACCAGGACCAUCAACUCGAGACACUGUUCUACACUCCAGCAUAGGGACGGGCAAGGUUAUUCCCAUCCUGCCCCUUCUCAGAACCAGUCCCCUGCUGACCUCAAGUUCUCCUCUUUGAUCACCGUGGCCAGAGCAUCUCGUGUGGACCAUCUAGGCUCCUUGGGCUUCAAGCAGGACCUGAGCCACAUGCACCCUGUACGAGUUGUGCCAUACCUGUCCCACAUGAGCACAGAGAGCCUCAUGUUGGUGGGUUUCCAGAGUGAUGCGAAAGCCUCUCACCCCAGUCCUCGGAGACUGAGUUUCCAGAACGUUUUUAGUAGCUCAUAGUGUUAUUUUUCUACUGUCAUCAUGAAACUAACUUUAUUUUUAAUAAAUAUGUAUUUUCUGUUG